UGAUUGGAUAAUUUCCACAAACUGGCUAAAAGAAAGCGUCCGAGAAGGGCUCACCUCCCGCUCCAUCUCCUCCGUUGCCUCCUCGCGCUCUGCAGCGGCGUCUCGAUCCCCGAGGUCGUCGCCUUCUUCAACCACAUUACCCCUUCCAUUGCUAAUUAGCUCCCUGUUAGUGAGAAUGGUGAUAUGUCUAUCAGAAUCCUAUGUGCUUCUGAGCUCAUUGGUUCAGUUAUUGGGAAAAGUGGGGCUAAUGUUAGGCGGGUAGAGGAGCAGACUGGUGCUCGCAUUAAAGUUCAAGAGAUUGACAAAGAUGCUUCUGGAGAAAGGCUGAUCAUUGUUUCAUCUAACGAGAUACCAACUGAACCAAUAUCCCCAACAAUUGAGGCACUCAUUUUGCUCCAUGAUAAAGUGAUUACUGAAAUGAGAAGACGAACUGGGGCUGAAAUUCGAGUUUACUGGAAGGCAGAUAAACCAAAAUACUUGUCUUUUGGUGAUGAACUUGUGCAGGUUGCAGGGCCUCCAGCUAUUGCAAGAGGAGCCCUCACAGAGAUUGGUUCAAGGCUUAGAACUAGGACUUUGAGAGAUACAAGUACUGCCAAUAAUCCUCCACCUUUUGCCCCUUCCGAUGAUCCUCCUGGAAUUCUGAACAAAGUGUAUAUGAAUAUUCUGCUCGCCUCUCCUCUCCUAAAGGCCAUUUUAAAGGACGCGACUGCAGUAUAG